AUGACAGAUGACAUAUUUAUGGGAUUGACUUCUGUCCAACAAUUUGAUGCAAAAUUAAAAGUAUUUAAUCAGAAAAGACAUUCUAUGAGUCAGAUUAGUACUGCUCAUAAUUCUACAUUAAAGAGUAUGAAAUCUACAAUUGGAGAUGGAAUACCAAUGGUUUCAUUUUUGGAUACUUUUGUUGAGAGAGUACAUUAUUUAGUAUAGCAUUGUAAUGAGUUACAAGAUAGAAAUGAAUGUGUUCGUAUUGCUUUGGAAUUAGGGAUUUCUUUUUAUAAGGUUUAAAGUCUAAGUUCUUAGUAAGAGAGGGAAGAUUUCAUUAUAAAAUAACUAUAAAAUUAAGUGAUGGAAUAAUUAAGAUAAUGGAAAAUCAAAAUGGAAUAAAGAGAACUAUAACGAAAUAAAACUAAAGUGAUUCAUGAAAAUGAGAAUAAUCUAAAUAUAUUUAAUUGGGUUGAAAUACAUACUAAAUUCCGAAGUUUAAAGAAGAAACUCAAAUUUGCAUUGAUUGAAAUAUUAAAUUCAAAGGAAAAUAGUAAAAAGAUUUAUUCUUAAGACAAUAUUAGUAAUAUAACAUAUAAAAAGCCAGAUAUGUAAUCAAUAAUUGAUGAAUUAAAUAAUUUAUUACAUAAAAUAAAGAAAUAAUAAAAAAUAACAACUAAUAUUUAAUGGUCUAAUGAAAAAGAGACUGAUUUUAAAGUAAAAAGGAAUUCAGCAAAACAUAGAUUAGGUAUGUUAGUAAAUAGUAAUUCAUUUAAUACUAUUGGAAUGGGUGAAUAUAUUAUAACUCAUGAUAAAGAUAAAUAGGAUCAAUAAAGAAGAGAAGAAUUAUUAUUUAAAUAUGAUACUUAAUAAGGUAUGACAGAAGAAGAAUUAUUAUAUUUAGUAAAUACUAGUAAUCUUUUGAAUAAGUGUUCAAAUAAAAAGUAUAUAAUAAUAUAUUUUUAGAUUAUUAUAAACAGUAAUUAAUUAAUUAGAUUCUGAAAUAAUAAGUGAUAUAGAAUUAACUAUAGCUGAGAAUAUCUUAAAUUAAUAUUAUAAAAUAUCUAAAGAAAUGAAUUAAAGUAGACAUCUUUAUUUGAAAGUCAAUUAAAAAGCAAAAGAAAAGGAAAGAACUGAAAUUAAUAUCUAAUAAACAAAUAAAGGAGAUAUUAAAAAAUUAAAAGUAUAUCUAAUAUCAAAUAUAUUAUAAUAGUUUAAAUUUCUUAAAAUGCUCAGAGAAAUGAAAGAAGAUAGAAAGGAUACAUUUAAAGAAAACAGUGAAAAAUAUAAGAUAUUUUAAUAAGAAUAUAGAAGAGGUAAUCCUAUAGCAAAUCCUUUGGUAUGGAAAUUCAAAGAUAUUAUGAUGUCUAUUUUAGAAAGAAAAGUAUUAUUUUAUGUUUAUUUAGAAAAGAGAAAAGAGAGAAAAGAAAUUAGCUACAACUAAUGAUUCUAAUAAACCCAUUUUCCCAUCUAAAACAGAAAGUUUAACACUUAAAGUAGUCAUGAGAAAAACACAUCCAAGUUCUAAAGUAAUAAUUAAAUCUUAACCUGAUUUACAUACUAAUCAAUCUAAUGUAACUAAAAUAUAAGAUUAUUUACUCAAAUUAAAAAAAAAAGAUUAUGAAAUGAAUAAAUAGAAUUUCUCUUAAUUUUAUUCAGGUGGACCUAUUAGAUAAAGACCUUAUGCACAUCAAUCAUUAACUAUUGAAGAAAGUGAUACAACAUUACCUUAUGGAAAUAAAUGGAUCACUCCUGAAAUUGAAUUGGCUGCAGCUAAUAAAAUAAAAAAAGCAUUUAAAGCAUAUAUUUCAAAAAAAAGAUUUGAAAGAGCUAUUUCACAAAAGAAAUUUCUAACUCCUUAACCAGCUAAAUUUUAUAGAUUAGUUUAGAAAUUGAAUGAAAAAAGAAAAUAAAUUGAUGUUGAAGAAUGUUAUAAAAGUUUAAAGAUUGCUUUAUAAUAAUAAUAAUAUAGAAAGAAAACAAUAAAAAAAUCAUAAAUUGAUUAUUCUAAAAUUACUAUACCAAAAACUAUGAUAUAAUUGAAAUUAAAAUAAAGAAAAUUAUUUUUAGCUUUAAAAGUAAAUAAUACAUUAUGGAUGGAUCAUUCAGGAUUUAUAUUUGAUUCAAAUGAUGUUAAUUGUUAUGAUGUUGAUAUGUAUUGUCCAUUAUAUUAUGCUGCCAAAUAAUAAAGUGUACUCUUUUGUAAUUUUUUACUUAUUAAUGGUGCUGAUGUUAAUAUGCCUUGUAAAGAUGGAGAAACUCCAACUUUUGCUGCUUUUGCAUCAGGAAAUAUUGUUAUCAUUAAUCUAUUUGUUUCUAAUGGAGCAGAUAUAGAUAAAUUAAAUAAUGAAGGAAAAACACCUUUAUGUUAUUGCUCUAUUGAAUUGCUUAAAGAACUUAAUUUAUAAUAUCGUCCAUGUUUUAUUAAAUGA